CGCCGCUCCCACUUUGAGCUGUGAGUGAAUGUAGCUUAGCUGGCUGGCGGAGAAGUGGAAAGGAGGAAAUCGAGAAUUUGAGAGAGGACAAUUCAGUGAAAUAUCACAUAUCUGUCUGGAGCUUGUCAUCUAUAAGCUAUUGAAGAAUCCUGAACUUGGAAGGAAGAAAGCCCAGCAAUGACAGGCCCUUAUGAUGACACUACUUCUGUUAUGUUCGAGGUUUCCAGUGACAGCUUUUGGGAGAUCGGAAACUAUAAGCGUACAGUAAGACGCAUUGAUGAUGGGAACAGGCUGUGUAAUGACCUCAUGAACUGCAUCCAUGAACGUGCACGUAUAGAAAAGUCUUAUGCCCAGCAGCUUACAGAAUGGGCUAAACGGUGGAAGCAAAAUACAGAAAAAGGACCACAGUAUGGGACUUUAGAACGAGCCUGGACUGCUAUAAUGACUGAAGCAGAGAAAGUCAGUGAGCUACACCUCGAAGUGAAAGGGCUGCUAAUGAGUGAAGAUUUUGAGAAGGUCAAAAACUGGCAAAAAGAGGUCUUUCAUAAACAAAUGAUAGGAGGGUUUAAAGAAACAAAGGAAGCUGAAGAUGGAUUUCGAAAAGCUCAGAAACCAUGGGCAAAGAAACUCAAGGAGAUGGACUCUACUAAGAAAGCCUAUCAUGCUGCCUGCAAAGAUGAGAAGCUAGCAAUAUCCAGAGAAAAUGCCAGCAAACUAGAUCCAAACAUGAACCCAGAGACCAUGAAGAAACUACAAGACAGAGUAGAAAAGUCCAGCCAGGAAGUUCAGAAGAUGAAGGAAAAAUAUAAAAAAUCACUUGAAGAACUGGAUAAGUGCACUCCUCAGUACAUUGAAAAUAUGGAGCAGGUGUUUGAGCAAUGCCAGCAGUUUGAGGAGAAAAGACUUAUCUUCUUCAGAGAGGUUCUGCUAGAGGUCAAGAAGCAUUUAGACCUGUCAACCAACCCCAGCUAUGUUGGUAUUUAUCAGGAUCUGGAACAGACUAUUCAAAUGGCUGAUGCUGAAGAGGACCUGAAAUGGUGGCGAUCUAACAAUGGGCCAGGAAUGACUAUGAACUGGCCACAGUUUGAGGACUGGUCUAUAGAUGUGAACCGUUCACUCAGUAAAAGAGAGAAGAAGAAGCACACAGAUGGUAUAACUCUGACUGGGAUGAACCAGACCUCUGAGCAGGCAGCCCAGGUUUCAAAGCACAGCAGCAGCUACCUUAGUGUGCCGAAUAGCUCAGUACAAUCCAGUUAUAACCCAUUUGAAGAGGAAGCCGAAGAAGAAGCAGUAGUGGAGGAAGAAAAAAACAGCAGUCCUGUCAGUGAAAAAAAAGAGGAAAUUAAAACCAAAAAUGUUAGUAGCUAUGAUAAAAAUAAAGACUCGUCUGACGAGGAGACUAGCAACCCUUUCUCUACCAAUGGCAACAGUAACCCCUUCGAUGAGGAGCCAUCCCCAGGGAUAGAGGUGUCCGUACGGGCACUGUACGACUACGAGGGACAGGAGCAGGAUGAGCUCAGUUUCAAAGCGGGUGAUAGUCUAACCAAAAUAGGAAAUGAGGAUGAACAAGGCUGGUGCAAAGGACGGCUGAGCAGUGGCCAAAUUGGCUUGUACCCAGCGAACUACGUGGAAGAAAUCCAAUAAUAAAAGAAUCAGUUGUAAGAAUAUGCUGCAGUGGUUGGUUCCUGUAAAUCUUCCAAAGAUUUGGAUGAAAAAGUACAUACUUAAUGGUCAUUGUUAACAUGUGAUCUUUGAUCAUAUUUGAGGAGAGCUUGGACAGGAAUACUGAUCAAGGCUAGGUAUUAAAACGUAUUUAUUCAUUAGUACAAUGCUGAUUUGAAAAUAUUGUUAAAUUGUAAUAAUAAUAAAAAGGAGAUGCCUUGUUCAUUAAUUAACCUAGCCUGCAGUCCAAAAGUUGCAGGUCCGUAUUGUGACAAAUGUCUGGAGUCUGAUAUUUGAAUUGAUUUUAUAUAUUUUGUAGGGCUUGUACAUAUGAUUUAUUAAGGUAGCAUAUUACCUGUACCUUACACUUUUUUUUUCCAUUUUAUUUUAAACCUAGCACGUUACAAAAUACAUGCCUUUUAGCAUUUUGGAUGGUAAUUUACUUUUGUUUCCAAAAUAAUUUUAAGUGAUCUUUUUUACCUGUUACACCUGAACUAAGAAUUUCUUGGAGAAUUUUUUUGUUAUUGCUUUCAUCUUUUAGCAUCACAAUAUUAUGCCUAUUUUAUGCUGUACAGGAAUGGGUGUAUGUGUACAUUAGAGGUUGGUUAUAAACGUUUGCAAUGUAUGUUGACAUUGCAGCCUUAUGCUUGCUAUAAGCAUGGAAACUUUUUUUUUUUUUUUUUUUUUUUGACUGUGGUCAUUGGUUACUUUUAAUUUUUGAUGGAAAUAUCAAGCACAUAGCUGUGUGUAUUUUUGAGAUUCAUAUUUUAAGCCGUUUCAAAAACAUACAUAUCUUGAAGAGGGAGGAUUAGAAUUACAGUUUUUAUUAAUAUUAACACUAGAAGCCCCUUAUCGAUCUUGACUUGUUUUGCAAAUAUUACAACACGAUUUUAAAAGUAUAGAUAGCAAACAAAUGACACACAAAAAAAUGUAUUUCUCUUUUUUAUAUAUCAAAAAGGAAUUAAUGAACAAAUAAACUGGCCGAGGGAAUAUGUGCUUAUUGAAUUUUAAAUGUAAAUUGAAGACUGUUCAUUUAUAAUAGAUCUCUGUUUACUCUAAGUGAUUUAUUGCAUUACUUUCUUGCUGUUUAAAAUUGUGAUUCAAAUCAAUUGUACAGUAUAUGAUAAUGGUAAUGUCAUAGCCAUGUCUCAUUGCUGUCUAUCACAACAGUAAUCAAUAAUUCAGAUCACAUAGAUAUAUAUAUAUAUAUUAUAUAUAUAUAUAUAUAUAUAUAUAUAUAU